AUGGGCCGACCUGGGCCCGUCACCCGCUGGCGGAGCAACACCCCUCUGCGCCUCCCCCGCAUGAUCAGUUUACCUCCUGGCAUAGUAAAAAGAUUGGCUGAUGAAGGGCCGCUCCUUUUCUGUGCGCUUGGGCUGCAUGUGAUUUCUCGCUCGCUCGCUUUGGUUUUUAACUUGAACCUGUUCUCAACAAGGAAAGUACUUGCAGAAGAUGAAGUGUUGUGGUACCGGUUGUGCCAACAGGAAGGAUAUCUAUUAGAUACAAGCAUCUCUGAUCAUUCCUGCUGGAAGCUCGCCCUCAAGGACUGCCGCGCCAGAGAGCGCACUUUGAAAACCAACUGGAAGAACCGCAUCGGUGCUGUGAGCCAGCUGCGAUAUGAGCUGGGAAAAAUUCUUUGUGAUGUACAUUCUUGCGAUGGAGUUGUUAUUGCUGGGUAUACAUCAGGAGCAGUGAGGUUGUGGGACACUCGCACCUGGGACUACACAGCCCCCAUCCUGGAACCAAUGCACGGUCCUGGUGAUGCUGGCCCUCAGCCACAUGUCUCCUUUGUGAGGAUAAACAGCUCUCUGGCUGUAGCAGCUUACGAGGACGGAACCGUUAGUGUGUGGAGCCUGAUGUUCGGGCGGGAGCCAAUCCAUCGUUACCAGCACAAUCAGAGGAUACAGGCUUUAGCUCUUGGUUCAGAGGGUGCAACGGUAGCGACGGCAUCUGGCUUCGAGGUCAAAGUGGAAAGCCCUAAUGACAGAGGAUUCUGGCAAACUACAGAAACAUUUGAAAUCCAGAAAUUGGUCAACUUCCUUAAUCUGGUUCCAGAUGUUACGGGGAGUCCAGUCACAGUAGCAGCUGCAGAAGACAUUGUCUAUCUCCUGAAAGCAGAAGAUCCUGGCAAAAUCCUCCAUUCUGUCUAUGGUCAGCCUGUCACAUGUCUGGAUGUGUCUGCUCAUGAAGCAGCCUUUGGGGUCAAAACCUUUGGCUGGUUAUUGAAUGAGCCCAACCAGAUUCUUCUUUACAAUCUGGAAACAAGUCAGUGUCUGAAGAAGAUGGGCAACUCGACAGGUGACUUUACAUGUGUUAACCUCCAGAGCAGUCCUCCAAACAUGGUUGUUACAGGCAAUAAAGACAGAAGGGUCAGGGUAUUCGAUCUCCGCAAAAGCGAAUCUUUGUGCUCCCUCUAUGCCCACCAGUUAGGGGUGUCUGCGGUCCAGAUGGAUGACUGGAAGAUAGUCAGUGGAGGAGAAGAGGGCUUGGUCUGUGUGUGGGACCAACGGAUGGGCACCAAACUCUGGGAAAUGCAUGCCAGGCAUCCAGUCCGCCACGUAUGGUUUAAUUCUCAUAGCCUCAUCACUGCAAACAUCCCUGAUGAGAAAACUCCCCGAGGCGCCAGCAUCACGGACGAUGACCUUACUGCGCACCGCAAGCAUCGAGGAAUCAUUUAUGCUUACGAGUUCUCAGUGGACCAGCUGGCUGUAGAAAGCGUCCUUCCUAUUUGCCGCUCUUCCUACGAUGAAGUGACUGGUUACAACUACAACAUUGGCCUUGCAGUUCCCUACGAUAACAUUUAGGUAACUCACUUUACUUGGCAUCUGUGGCCCUGCCCUCUGCCAAAUACAUGGCCAAAGGCAAAAAGGAACUCCACAUGGGACAAGCGCCAAAAAGACGGCCUUGGCUGCAGGCGCAUCAAAUGGGCUGAGCAUUUGCCGAAAACCUGGGGAUAUGAACCGGAACAGAGUGUAUGGCUGCCCUCGAGUGUAUCACUAAAAUAUGUUGCUGCGCAAAUGUUCAAAGGUCCACUGUGGUGGAACGGAGAGACCGAAGAGUGAAGGGGAGCAGUACACUUCAGUGUAAACAAAAAUGUUCCUUCCUGCUGCUUGUGGGAAGAACGCCGCUGAUCCCAUCUUGGCAGAGGACAUGGUCAGGAAGCGAGAGCCCCGAGCGGCAAACUGCUGAAGUGGUGGGAGGCUGGGAGCACGUUGAGGAGUUUAUGCUUAUCCUGAGAGGGGAAAAAAACCACCAGGGACUUGGAAAAAGCAUCUUGCUGAGCCACAUGUUUGAAAUGUCUUUCCUUGUAAUGAGCUGCUCAUUCUUCUUUUCUUUGGAGUGCAUCGGAAUGUGUCUAGGAACAGGACCAUGCACAAAAGGUUACGGUGGUUGGGAGAGGGGAGUAUGAUGGAGAGAGGGAGGGGAAGGUUGGCCUUGGCCAGGCUGGAUGCUUGGAAACUCAGCAGGCCACACGCAUCAAAAUUAUUUUAAAAUAAAUUAUUUUUUUAAGUCUCUAAAAUUCUGGAUUAAAUGUUUUCUAAUUGUAUAUGUACAUGUGUUUGUGGGUUUUGUGUUCAUAAGUCUUUUAGGGUGAACUAACCCCUAUGCACCGGAACAAAAGGCUGUCAUGUCUCAGGUUAGUUGUCAGGUGUGUUCUUUGCUGGAUCCUGCCCUUCCACAGCACCUGCAGGUUUUCCCCGAGGUGGCUGGGACUUGGGUUUCCGACACUGUCCUCGCUUCCGAGCUGGGAAUUGAUCAUGUUGGUGUAAUGAAACAGAAGGGGUGAACUGGCCGCAGUCCCUCUGCAUGGGUAAUUAGCGCUAACGCUGUGGAGAAGCAUCCGGGCUGAAGGGUAAGGUGUGGUACCUCAGGUGAAAAUGAGGCGUAAGGCUUUAUCUUAAACCCAAGUUGCACUGACAUAGGUAGAACCAGUUUGGUGAACAAGAGUCCUGCAUGGGUAUGUUUUACUGUUUUAAAACUGUUUUAUGGUUGUGACUUGCCCUUGUAAACUUACUGGUGCAAGCCAAAGCCAUGUAAAUUAAGUUUAAAUUGAGGUUAAGUUUUAACUUAACACCUUUUUGCUGGCUUAAUGGAAUCAAUUUAAAAGUACAGUGCUGGGGAGGGGUGCAGGAAAUGUGCCGGAACCUGCAGGAGAGGGGCUGGCUGGACUGUCACCUCAACCCUUAACCAGUCACUGAGGCAGCCCCUGGAGAGCUUCGUGCUACCCUCCUCCUGCCUGGAGACAGACGUAUUUCACAGCUCUUCAUUGUCUUGGGGUGGUUUUCCAUGACCCCUAGGCCAACUUGCACAUAUGUGUUUGGUUUUUAACAGUUAGCUUUUUUCCUCGUGAUGGACUGAUAGAAGAAGUGCAAGGGGCAAAGU